CAGGGGUGGACUGACCAUAUGGAAAACUCGGGCACUGCCCGAGGGCCCGGGGUCAGUAGGGGGCCCCAUUAGAUGCCCCUGGUACCUUUUUCAUAGGCUUUUUUGAGUUUGGGCAAGGACACAGGGGCCCCAUGGUCCCCUAUUGCCCGGGGGCCCCAUGAGUUGUCAUGUCCACCCCUGCAGUAGAUUAUGGCAAAGUCUUGGUGGUCUCAAAGAUCUAUAUACUUGUAUUCCUUCCCUGUAAUGAGUAUUCAUUGCUCUUUAGACAGAUUUAAUGCUGGUACCUUUUUCAUAGGCUUUUUUGAGUUUGGGCAAGGGCACAGGGGCCCCGUGAUCCCCUAUUGCCUGGGGGCUCCA